CCGCCGCCGCCGGCCAAUGGGCGAGGCGGAGCGCGGCUCGCUCCCCGCCCCCCGCGCGCGGCCAGGCCAAUGGGAAGGCGCGGGGAGGGGCGCGCGGGGCUAGGCGCGCGCUGGGAGGCGCCCCACCACCAGAUGCAGGGGAGAGUCGCGCGGGCGGCGGCGGCGGGAGAGGCAGGAGCGGAGCGGAGCAGCAGCGACUGCGGGAGCCGGAGCCGCAGCAGUAGCAGCGGCAGCAGCAGCGACUGAGGGAGAAGCAGCGGGAGCCACAGCAGUAGCGGAAGCGGGAGCGACUGCGGGAGCAGCAGCGGGAGCCGCAGCAGAAGCGGCCGCGGGAGCAGCGGCGGCGCGUGGCCAUGGGGUGGCGGGCAGCGCGCCCCUCCCCGCGCUGAGGGAGCCGCGGAUUCGAGCGCAGCCGCGGGAGCCGCCUCUGCUCGUGGCAGCCUGGUGUCACCUUCCCUUCUGGCAAUGGGGAAUGGACUCUCGGACCAGACGCCGAUCCUCUCCAGCCUGCCUUCCUUCCAGAGCUUUCACAUCGUCAUCCUGGGGCUGGACUGCGCUGGGAAGACGACGGUGCUCUACAGACUGCAGUUCAAUGAGUUCGUCAACACUGUCCCCACUAAAGGAUUUAACACGGAGAAAAUCAAAGUGACUCUGGGCAACUCGAAGACGGUCACUUUCCACUUCUGGGAUGUGGGCGGCCAGGAGAAGCUGAGGCCGCUGUGGAAGUCGUACACAAGGUGCACCGAUGGCAUCGUGUUUGUGGUGGACUCCGUCGACGUUGAGAGGAUGGAGGAGGCCAAAACAGAACUACAUAAGAUUACUAGGAUAUCUGAGAAUCAAGGAGUGCCUGUCCUUAUCAUUGCUAACAAGCAGGACCUGAGGAACUCUCUCUCCCUUUCUGAAAUAGAGAAAAUGUUAGCAAUGAGCGAGCUGAGUUCUUCAACGCCCUGGCAUUUGCAGCCUACCUGUGCAAUCAUUGGAGACGGACUUAAAGAGGGACUGGAGAAACUACAUGAUAUGAUAAUUAAGCGAAGGAAAAUGUUGAGGCAGCAGAAAAAGAAGAGAUGAGUUCUUUUUUGACCUUUCUAUUUUAGAGUAGUUACAUGGUCAAAAUUUGACGUAAGACUGCUUCCAAAGCCAGGCCUGCCUGUUUGGAUGCCGUUAAGCUUAGUUACGUUGAACAAUCAGUUGCACAACCUUGCUGUUUGCAGGAAGGCUGUGCAGUUGUGGAUUUUUAUUUUUUUUUAACUAGUCUCUUCUGAGUUUUUUGGCUCUGUAUUAUUUCAGAAGCCCUAAUAGAUGAUGUAAUGCUAUCAGGAAAUGGAUGGGUGGGUAUAUGUGACAUGGAUGUCUAAAUAGCCAAAUAAAACGAGGGUUUUCUGCUUAGUGUUGUAGUCAUAUGUUUGAGGGUGCCCUCUGCAAGCAAUUUGCAUUGAAGGUGUUCUGUGUUUUUAAACUUCUAAUGCUCGUAAGUGGAGUGCUUAGGUGAACAUUAUACAGCUUUAAAAACAUGUAUGAAGCUAGUAACCCAUAAUUUCGUUGAGGCUGGCUUUUUACCUAGUUUGAGGAUUUUUAUGAAAGCUUGGCUACAUGUGUAGGUUUUUUUAAUUUGGCACUUUUGGAAAUUGAAUCACGUUCAGUUCAAACACUUGAAAUUUUAAGUGCUGUGGAUUCUUCAACUGGUAAAAGAAAGACUUUGACAAGUAAAAACUGUAAACAACACGAUGGAGCAUGAAAAAGUGAUUUCUCAACAUAUAGCAUGUUUUUUGGUAUAUAAGGUUUUUAUUUUUUAGCAGUAGCCAUUCAUCAUUAUACAGUGCUAAUCAGGUUUAAACUGUUACUCAAAAUUAGUAAUUUAUUUCUGAAUGGUGAGUUUUGUGUCCUCCUAGCAUCAAAAGUCAAUGAAUUUUAGUAAAGGAGCUAUAAAGAACAACUAUGGCUGCUGUGGUUCUAACCAGUGCAGCAUUCUUUGCCCUAUUGGUGACUUUCCUGGCAAUAUAACAUACUUACAAUGAGGUAAAGAUGGAGUUAAAAUUAGCAGAGCACAUCUUGUAUCUCCCCAAAAUAUCCCAUUUUAUUAAAGCAGUAUUGCUAUGUCACUUUCAACGUAUGCUUUUUUUGUUGUGACUCUUACAGUAUUUUGUGGUUAGGAAUGUAAUAAUGCUUUAUACACUCAAACAUUAGACACUACCAGGGGCGGGGGCGGGGGGGAGGGAAAGGGGGAAGAAGAUUUUCAAGAUGGGCCUGUGUUCUGCUUUAAUUAUGCUUUAAGCUGUUCUUGUUUACAGAGUGUGCAAACAGUGUUAACUGGGCAGGAUAGUGCUUGACAGAAAAGGGAGGGUAGUUUUUCUUACUGGUACAGAGCUUCAAGUGACUCUUUAGAUACUUGGUUAGCAAUUAAAAGGGCUAAAGCAGAGCCUGGAUUUUUAAGACUAACUUUAGUGGUGCUGUAGAAAUUCAUCAGAAUGUUAGAUUAUCUUUAAACUUUUGUUGGAAAUACCAGACUAAAAAAACAAAAAAGUAGAAACUAGCAAAAUCAAUUUCCUCCUCUCAACCAGCAAAGUAAUACAUUUUUCUUACCUGCUGCCAUGUAUCAGGAGGAUGACAGCUACAAACCGAAUGUCAAUCAAUGUAAUUUAGCUAUGUUAAAAAAAAAACAAGCUUUUUAACCAGCAGCUGUUCGACCAGGAGAUAACCAAAAAUGCACUUUAGUGUCUUCGAUAACUGAAAGUGACAGCUGUUUGUUUUUUUUAUGACAUCUUGGUCCUUUUUGAAUAAACUGAAGUAGCUUCCAGUGGAGCUUUUGUAUGUUGGUUAUAUAUGUACCUGCACUGGUGACAUUGUAAGUCACUUACUCAAGUAAUGUCUAUAUUUAUAGAAAUGUGGAUGACUUCUUAAACCUCAAUAAACAAUUGAAAACAAGCCUGCAGAGAGAAG